GUGCUUCAUGAUGGAUUUGCUUGCUUUAUCGUCUGUGUUUAAGGCAGGUUGACUCUCUCUUGGGCUUAAUUCGAGUCAUAUGUUCGCGGCGGUGUGUUUUUCGCGGCGCUGUGUUACGACUUGGGAAAAAUAAGAUAUUAUUCAUUUCUGCUGGAUCCUCAUUAAAUUCCGACAAACUUAUACUCCGAACAAUUCCACGUAUCAUUCAUUUAUGGAAUAAGUUAAAAAAAAAACCAAAUCAGGAUUAAAUAUUUCUCGUUGUCACGUUGUCAUGAAAUGGGAGGAUUUACUGUCUGAGAUAAGACUCGAGUCGGAAACGCUUCCUGACCCAGCAAGCUGACUCUGUAUCGCCAGCCUGGUGCACGGCCACCAUGAGCACACUGCCUCCUAUCCGAAAAGAUCGCCUGAUCACCCAGCUCCCUCCGUGUUUCACAAAAGAGGCAGCUUUGCACACCAAUGACAGCUUCGACAGCAAGGUGACGAGCGCCUGCCAUGAGCAGAGGCUGGCCGGGGCAGGGUUUACCAUCUCCAAGGUCAUCGUGGUGGGUGAUGUCGCCGUGGGAAAGACUUGCCUCAUUAGCAGGUUCUGCAGGGACACCUUUGACAAGGGCUACAAAGCGACCAUAGGGGUGGACUUUGGGAUGGAAAGGUUUGAAGUGCUGGGCGUUCCCUUCAGCCUGCAGCUGUGGGACACGGCUGGUCAGGAGAGGUUCAAGUGCAUCGCCUCCACUUACUACAGAGGAGCUCAGGCCAUGAUAAUUGUGUUUGACGUGAACAACGCAACUUCUCUGGACCAUGCAAGGCAGUGGCUGGAGGAGGCAAUGAAGGAGAACGAUCCUUCCAGCAUGCUUCUCUUCCUGGUGGGCACCAAGAAGGACCUGCGGCCUCCGGAUGAGUUCUCCGAGAUUGAACAGGAAGCUAUCAAGCUGGCGGAGGAGAUUAAAGCAGAAUACUGGGCUGUGUCGGCAUUGUCAGGGGAGAGCGUGAGGGACUUCUUCUUCCGCGUGGCAUCGCUCACCUUUGAGGCCAGCAUACUCGCCGAGCUGGAGAAGACGGAGUCCCGGCGCGUUGGCGACAUCGUCCGUAUAACAAGCAAUUCGGACGAUGUGGACAUCAAGCUGAAGAAGCAGGCCUCCUGCUGUCAGUGAUGAGGAGGAAGCGGUCAGUCUUCAGUCAGUCACGGUCAAGAUGUCUGCCACCACAAUGCCCUGGCAGUCAGCACUGGAAAAUGAACAUGCUACUAAGGGAAGUCAGCAAAGAAAGGCCUUAAACCCCCCCCCCCCCCCCCCCCCUUACCACUACAGCUCAUCACCCUUGGGAGGUUCUGUGUCCUCCCCGCAUUGUUAAUCUGAGUCGAGAACCAGGGUCCCAUGACUCUGAGGCAUAGAGCCCAGCCUUUGUGUGUUCCGUGUGCGGGGCAGGCAUGCAGUCAUGCUUGUGAUGGUGCGUUUGCACAGAUAGGGGACCAUGUGAUUUCCUGUAACCUUUUCAUGUCAGGGAUCCAUUGGCCUGGAGCGGGGGAUGCAUAAUGUGCUCCUUCAAAAUACAGGGCUGCCUGUAACCGUGACAGCAGUUAUUUCACUCCUACACAUUCUGCAACUCCAUGCCUGGUUGAGAUCAUCCACAGGGUCUCUUUGCGAAAUUCAUGGUACAAACUCCCACUAUAAAAUAACAUCGCAGGACAGAGCUUGUCUGCUCGACUGGUUUGCCGGGGAAUCAUAUGUUCUUUUCACGUUAUUAGCCUGUUUAGCUUAAAAUCAAGGUUAUUCAAGUUUGUCAUAAAAAGCCUUCUCAAAAUGUUAAUCCAUUAUCACUGAAAAAAUGGCAUAUUUAAUUUUGCAAAGACAACCAUGUUACAUUGUUUAAUAAGAAACAGACUUCCCGCUAGUUAAUGGAAUAAAUGCAGUAGGACCAA